AGUCUCUCAUCUCCUUCUCUACUUUCAUCCCCCACUUCACCUCUCUCUCUCUCUCUCUCUCUAAAACAAACUCAUCUAUGGCUUCCAUGUCCCCAAGAUGUACCAACCCAGAGAUUCCGAGCCCUUCUUCUCUCCUUCCCUCCCCUCGCAGCCUCAGCUCCAACAGUAGCACAACUACCACUAGCAGCAGCAACAUCAACAAUGGCGUUCACCCUCCCAAACCCAUUACCAGAUCCGAACCGGGAAGCCCGUAUCCCACGACCUUCGUCCAAGCCGAUACUUCUUCCUUCAAGCAAGUCGUCCAAAUGCUCACCGGAUCCUCCAAACCUUCCGCUGCAAACACCUCAGACUCGCCUCCGGCAAAAUCUCAUGCGAUCCCGCCCAUCAAAUCCACGCCCAAGAAGCAGCAGUCCUCAGGGUUCAAGCUCUACGAGCGAAGGAAUUCGCUCAGUAAGAAUCUCAAGAUCAGCCCUCUGAUCCCUUCGUUUUCGCCCAACGUUUCCGGGUUCUCGCCCCGAAAACCCGAGAUUCUCUCGCCGAGCAUUCUCGAUUUUCCUUCUCUGGCUCUCAGUCCGGUCACACCGCUCAUACCCGACCCAUUCGACCGAACCGGCCCAGUUCUUCAUUCAGAAGCCGAAGAGAAAGCUAUCAAAGAGAAAGGGUUUUACUUACAUCCUUCGCCGGCGACAACUCCGAGGGACGUUGAACCGCGUUUGCUGCCUCUGUUUCCGACGACAUCCCCGAGAGCUUCAGGUUCUUCCUCUUCAACCACUUCUUCCUGAGUAAUCUCUGUAUCUCUGGGGAAUUUCUGGACUUUGUUAUCAAGGAGGCCAUUGAUGAGCGAGAAAGAAUGAGAGAGAUGAAAGGGAAACAUCGAUUUGUAAUUUGAUUAUAUGAAGAGAAUGGCUGAAUCUGAGUUCAAUUGUAUGUAAAAUCAUGCUUUGAUCCUUGUCAUGAAUGCUGAUUCAGUUUACAGAAUUCUGAAAUGUCCAUUAACUGAACCACUAUUCGAAUUCUACCAUGAGUUUUGAAUUCAGGGGUGGCUAUUAAUUGCAGUAGAUUUACUCCAAUUAAUGCAGAUAUGAAUUCUAUGAUCCAA